CUGAUAUUCAAUUGUACAUUAACGAAGUUUCUUUAAAAUAUAAACUAAACUCUAAAAAUUAAAAAACGCCUAAAAUGGUCAAAACUAGACGGUCGAGGAGAUCGAGGAGGAAUGCUAUUGUUGGUUUAGCCAACAUCGAAGAAUAUCACGAACUUCAAGCCCUAAUACUGAGAAUUAUACGAAUUUUGGAUGAAAUGCCUGAAGCAGGUUAAUGGGAAUCCCUGCUAAGAAACUCUUCGUACUGGAGUUUUGUUAACUAUAUGAAUCGGGUGAAUAAAAUAUUGUUGGUCAAACACCUUGCGUAUUUGUGCAGCUUUUUCGCAUUAUAGAGUACACUUGAAACGACUUUCGAUGUCGCCAUUAGCAGAGU